GCUAAAGAAAAUCAAAAAAGAAAAAAAGAAAAAAACCUGCCAUUUUUUCUGCAGAAGAAAGCUCAUGAUAGCCUUUCAUUUCGUCAUCAGUGAUCACCCAUAUCUCCUCCACUGUUCAUCUCUUAAAUUUCCAUAAUGACAACACUACCCUCCUCCACUCCCCUAAAAUAUUUCUUCUUUUAAAACUCAGUUUUAAAAUUUUGCUUUAAACUAAGAAAAAAGUGGGCAUCUGUCUAUGGCGGAGGCUUACGAAAUGGAACCCUACCAUGUCCCACAACAAAGCAGAAGAGAUAAGCUCAGAAUUAACGUACUUCAAACUCACCCUCAGUUUUUUCCUCCUUACGAUCCCUCUCUUUUUUCUUCUCUUCUUGUUAAGGAAGAAGGUCUUAAUAGUAAUUUAAUGGGGUUCGUUGGUUUGAAUGGUAAUCAUGCCACUUCUUCUUCUUCGUACUUGGAUCCACGUCACUGUUCUUCUUUGCCUCUAAACCCUAGUGAUAUUGCAAACCCGUUUCUUUAUCACCAGCUCAGAGAGUUCGAAACGUUACCGUUUAAGCCAGAGUCUUUGUCUUCAACUGGACAAGGCUUGUCUUUAUCUUUGUCUUCUCACCAUACCCAACAAGCCAAUCUCCCUUUAGAGCUUAAUUUGCAAAGAUUUUACGGUGAUAAAGGCGGCGGCGGUGGUAGUGGUGGUGGUGGUGGGGAUGAUGGAGGUGGUGGUUAUACAGGUAGUGGCGCGAAUUUGACGGCAGUUGAGGUGUCUAGAACUACGGCUCCGUUAGGUCCGUUUACUGGGUAUGCUUCGAUUUUGAAGGGAUCGAGGUUUUUGAAGCCUGCUCAGCUAUUACUUGAAGAGUUUUGUGAUGUGGGUAGAGGACUUGACAGUGAAAAAUUAACGGCGGAUGUUUCUUUGAUGGAUCCUCCUGUUGAGUGUUUGAAUUCAUGCGGAAUUAUUGAUGAUCCACUUAGUUUUGGUGAUGAAGAUGAGAGUCAGAGGAACAAGUCUAGACUAAUUUCAAUGCUAGAUGAGGUUUACAAGAGAUACAAGCAUUAUUAUCAGCAAAUGCAAGCAGUAGUGGCAUCUUUUGAAUGCGUUGCCGGGCUCGGCAAUGCAGCUCCAUACGCAAACUUGGCCUUGAAAACCAUGUCCAAACAUUUCAGGUCUAUAAAGAAUGCAAUAACGGACCAGCUUCAGUUCGUUAAUAAGGGUCAUGGCCAACUGAGCCGCAGAAAAGAAGAGGCUAUGAGGUUUGGGAAUAGUGAUAAAAGCCCUUAUGUCCAGAGGCCUAGUCAGAGCGCAGGAUUCAUAGAGCACCAGCCUGUUUGGCGACCACAAAGGGGCCUUCCGGAGCGUGCUGUAACUGUCCUUCGGGCAUGGUUGUUUGAGCAUUUCUUACACCCCUAUCCCACAGAUACCGACAAGCUAAUGUUGGCUAAACAAACCGGUCUGUCACGGAACCAGGUUUCUAAUUGGUUUAUCAAUGCAAGAGUAAGGCUCUGGAAGCCGAUGGUGGAAGAAAUACACAUGCUUGAAACACGGCAAGCACAAACGAGCACACAACGGGAGGACCAAAAUGCCAAUAAAUCAAGCGACCCCGCUCCUCAUUCGAACUCCACAGUGUCAGAUAAUCCAUCAACCUCCUCUAAAAGAGUUCAAGACAUCCCAUUAAAGCGCACUAGAAAUGAUCUUCCUGAUUUACCUAUGGGUAAUGAGAAACAACUAAACUUGUCUUACAACAGUAUGUCAAGCCAUCCACCGGUAGGAGUUGGUAUAAACACAGGUGGAAGUGGCGGUGUUUCCUUAACACUAGGCCUUCACCAGAAUAAUAAUGGGAUAGGUUUGUCGGAGUCCUUUCCUAUGAAUGCUGCUCAACGUUUUGGACUCGGUCUCGAAACGAGUAACGAGGGAUUUGUAAUGGGUGGUUUUGAAGUACAUAAUCGGCACUUUGGAAGAGAUGUCAUGGGAGGGCAACUUUUGCAUGAUUUUGUUGGCUGAAGACGCGAUGUUUAACAUUGUGUUUUCGUACUAGACGUGUUCUUCGAGAAGCGGUCACAUAUAUGCUUGCCCUGUAAGCUGUAACAAGGUAUGCUCAUGGAAUUGAAGUGUAUAUGAAUCUCUUGAUAUCAUUUCUAAGUGGAGAUUGGUGUAAAAUUAUUCUGUAAAUCUAUGAUUGAUCAAUGAUAGAAAAUUAUACCUUGAUAGGUAAAUUAAACCAUCCGAGUAGGCCGGAUGGUCGAAAUAGCUCAAAUUUCUCAAAAUGUGGGAUUUUGUUUUUGUUAAUUGAGCUGAAUCUUGCAAUACCCCAAUCCUAUUCAUCAUUGGUUGGUUUAUCAUGUUUGUAUAUACUUUUUAAUUUGAGUAGAAGAAAUUAAACAUGCUGAAUAUAUUGCAGGAAAUAUGAUGGUACAUUUUUA